AAAAGGUUUAGCCGGUACAUGGGAGAUCUUUGCGGUGUAAUAAAGCGGCUCAGGUGCGUCACUUUCCACUGCAUAAAAAGGGCGAAGUGUGCCUUUUGGUGGGAGUCAUUUUUAAAAACAUCUGCCGUGUGUCGAAGGUCCUGGGUCCAAGGUAGACCUGUCUUUUAGCCCUGUUGAAGGACAGCUGUAUUUACUGACGUAUGUAAAUGAAUGUAGGGGAGGUCCUUGGGCAAAAAACACACACUGAAUCAGUUUCACAUUGCAGCUCCGGAGUUCCUGCGUGGAAGGAAAAACGAGACGUGGCGAAAUCUGGUGAAUAUCUGCAGCCGCAUGCUCCGGCUCAGCAAACCAUGCAGGAUGAUUUACUGAUGGACAAAAACAAAGCCCAGCCUCACCAUCAGCAAGAUCCGACGCAAGUAGACCCUCCUCCCUCCACCCCGACCCCGUCAUCGGAGCCCACUUCUUCUUCAUCGGAGUCGGAGAGCCCGUCGACCGGGAGCAACCAAGCGACUUCAGCGCUGAGCAGCAGCAGCAAGGACAAAGUGCCGAUGGAGUCGCCGAUCCUGCCCGGGUUGAGCUUCCACCACCAGCCGCAGGAGACCGGCGGCCCCCUUUCCUCCCCGUCCUCCUCUUUUGGGAGCACUUGGUCCACGGGAACCACAAACGCCGUGGACGACAGCUUUUUCCAGGGAAUACCCUCUGUGAACGGGACGAUGCUUUUCCAGAACUUCCCCCAUCAUGUCAACCCGGUCUUCGGGGGUAAUUUCUCCCCGCAGAUCGGUCUGGCUCCACAGUCCCAGCAGCAUCAACAGCAAGCCCAGCAGCAGCAGCAGCAGCAGCAGCAGCAGCAACAACCCCAGCAGAGGAGAUCCCCUGUCAGCCCCAGUCAGGGUCCCUUCCCCCAGAGAAACGCUUAUCAGACCAUCAUGAAUAACAGCAAAGGGUCGUCGACGUCCUCUUCUGCCUCGUCGUCCGCUUGGAAUAAUCACCAAAACGCCGCAUGGAGCACAGCCUCCAACCCCUGGAGCGGGCUGCAGGCAGGCAGGGACCCGCGCAGAGCGGUGGGCGUCGGGGUAGGGGUCGGGGUGGGAGUCAGCGUCGGGGUACCGUCACCCCUGAACCCCAUCUCCCCCAUGAAAAAGCCCUAUACCAGCAAUGUUAUAGCACCCCCCAAGUUCCCAAGACCAGGUCCCCUCACUCCCAAGCCCUGGAUGGAGGACAGCGCCUUCAGGACUGACAACAGCAACAACAUACUGCCUUUCCAGGACCGGAAUCGGCCCUUUGAUGCUUUUAGCUUGCACUCUUUGGAGACUUCCUUAAUGGAUAUGAUAAGGACUGACCAUGACAAAGGUAAACCACACCCUGCCGGUGGCCCACCAAUGACUAUCGCUGAUAUUAUAUGGAGGAAUCAUUUUGCAGGACGCAUGGGCCUCAACUUCCAUCAUCCUGGAGCAGACCACAUAAUGCCAUUGAACACCCGGAGCUAUGGCCGCAGAAGAGGUCGUUCCUGUCUAUUUCCCUUCGAAGAUGGUUUCCUCGACGACGGUCACGGUGACCCCUCCUUGACCCCGGGGCUGAACUCGCCUACCCGCUGUCAGAACGGAGAGAGGAUGGAGCGCUACUCCAGGAAGGUCUUUGUCGGAGGCCUCCCCCCUGACAUAGAUGAAGAUGAAAUUACCAACAGUUUCCGUCGCUAUGGGCACCUGGUGGUAGACUGGCCCCACAAAGCUGAGAGCAAAUCCUACUUCCCACCUAAAGGCUACGCCUUCCUGCUCUUUCAGGAAGAGACUUCUGUCCAGGCCUUGAUCGACGCUUGCAUCGAGGAGGACGGCAAGCUCUACCUGUGUGUGUCCAGUCCCACCAUUAAAGACAAACCGGUCCAGAUCCGUCCCUGGAACCUGAGCGACAGUGACUUUGUCAUGGACGGCUCCCAGCCUCUGGACCCCCGCAAGACCAUCUUUGUAGGAGGGGUGCCGCGGCCUCUGCGUGCAGUGGAGCUGGCUAUGAUCAUGGACCGGCUGUACGGAGGUGUUUGCUACGCCGGCAUCGACACUGACCCAGAACUCAAAUACCCGAAAGGAGCCGGCCGUGUGGCCUUCUCCAAUCAGCAGAGCUACAUCGCUGCCAUCAGCGCUCGUUUCGUUCAGCUGCAGCACAAUGACAUCGACAAAAGGGUGGAGGUGAAGCCUUAUGUCCUGGACGACCAGAUGUGUGAUGAGUGCCAGGGGGCACGCUGCGGGGGGAAGUUUGCUCCCUUCUUCUGUGCCAACGUCACCUGCCUGCAGUACUACUGCGAGUACUGCUGGGCCAGCAUCCACUCACGGGCCGGCCGAGAGUUUCACAAGCCACUAGUGAAAGAGGGGGGCGACCGCCCUCGACAUGUGUCCUUCCGCUGGAGCUGAGGGGGGUACACGAGUCAGCCCUGCCCCGGUGAACACACACCCGACCCCUAAAAAAAAAAAACCUCCUGCGCCCCUCCUACUCUACAGGCCGGGACAGCGCUGCAACCCCCCCUACAUACAGCCUCACCUACUCCACCCUGCUCCCCACAAACACCUCAUGAAAAAAGCAAAAAGGAUACCGUCAAAUACAUGGGACUUUCUUCAUGCCACAUGGCUCUGAACUCAUUGUCUAUGGUUCCCCUCUGAUGAAGCAUUGUGGGGAAACGAAAUGCAAAAGUCUUUCAGCUUAGAAUUUGCACUUUGGCACAAAAUCUCGCUAAACACACACACACACACACACACACACACACACAGGAUGGUAUGUUAGACACCAGGCUACUUUCAGUUCCCCGUUCUGUUGACUGGGCGGUGUGGUACGUCCUGUUGGACCCCUCCUUACUGAGACAGAGGUGGGACCAUACAAAUAUUUAAAAAGUAUAUAUUUUUUGUUUUGUAACUAUCUAUACAUAUAUAGAUAAUUUAAAUUUUAUGUAAAAGGAGCAUGCACUUAUUUUCAAGAGCUGUAGUUAUAUAUUGCCCCUACUAAAAAAGAAUUACCAAAGGCAAAUGAAAUUAAUGCAUACAGAAAUAGGUGGCAUAAGAUGUAGCAAGACUUAACAGCUAUCCAGUAGUGUGGGCCCAUAUCGCCCAGAGUAAAAAUAACACGGCUAUAUUCGCUCUCAAUUUUGACUCUGAAAAUAUUAAUACCUCAUAUGCGCAAUCAGAUUAGUUUGCUUUUGAUUUCUAGGUCUUUAUUUUUAUAAUAACAUUAUUUUUUAGUGUUAUGUAAAUGUAAUGCUGCAAUAGCUUUGCUGCUAAAUCCAUGGUAUAAACAGAUACCAUAAGUACUUUAUUCAGGCUAGGGUGUAAAAUAAUAAAUAACAGAUCACAAGAAGCACCUGGUGUUGUAAAACGACGAGCUAUCAUAGGGGGAGGGGGCGCCCCUAGACAACGAUGGCUACCUUUUGUGGGGGUCGGGGUGGGUCGCCCCUAACUGCAUGUUUAUUUCAAUCAGGUUGCUGCAUGCAAUAGACUUUUCAGUAUCAUGUCUACUAUUCGAUUCUGCCCAUGUUUGCACAACACACUAUAGACGUACGUUCGACUCGCACGAAACUGGACAGAAACAGGGAGGACUGGUCAGAGGAAUCAUGGCGGCUCCUGUCGUUGGGCGGGCCGACAGGCGACGCCACGGGGCAGCCAGAGCUGACGCUUCCUGCACAAACAGGCAGCGAACACAUCCAGGCGACAGGGGAGAGAAAAAAAAACAACCUUAAUAAUCACAAAUCAAAUUAAAUGUAGGAUUACCAUUUAAAACUGUCUAUGAUAGGUGAAGUACUUUUUUGCAGUGAUUGUUGAUAUAAUUGUGCAAUUUUUUAUACCGUAUGUAGUUAGGUCUGAGUAUGCCUAGAACUGUGAUUCGCUUUAACUGUCGUUAAUGUCCGACAUAGAAGUCCUGUGAAACUUCAUAACUAGUGUAUGCACACGUAUAAAUGUUCUCUUGUACACACACUUGCACCAGUAUACACAGAAGCCUCUCGACACACACAGACACACACAUGAACACACGGACGGCUGUCUUUCUUACGCACACAAACAGGCCUACAAACACAGAGUCUGAUCUGAAGAGAAGACGCAACAAUGUGAGCUUAAACUGAGAACUGAGGUCUUUUUUUCUUUGAUUUGUUCCACCGUUGACAAAAGCGCACGUUUACGUCUCGGAAUGCAACCAAAGAGCUCGCGUGUUCGACUUUUAACAGACCACCCUAACACGCGUAGCGAACAGCCGCCUGCAGCUCGUGCGGCCUCCUGCAGAGGGGCUGAAAGGUGCAGUCGAUUAGAUGAGGAAAAAAAGAGGGCAGUUGGGAAGAAGAAUCGGGAUGUCGUGGGGAUAAAACGAAACAUUGAAGCUACUGGAGACUUGAGGUUGAUAAACUGAGCUCUGCACAUGCUCUCACUACAUGGCUGGGCUGGGGCGGGUGGGAACGGGGGAAUGACAUUGCCAGAACAUGCAGAUGUGCAAGCUGGGGUUACCAUAUUUAUCCAGAUUUUUUUUCCUGCAAAGCUUGAAGUAAUGGACCUGCUAAAAAAAAGGUGGACAUAUAUCUUUUAGUUUUUGUCAAAAGGUUAUGGUGCGCAGUUCAAACAGGAUUGGGUGGGCGGGGUGUGGGUGCAUAGAAACUUAAGUAUUGGCUGCUGAAAACAGGGCGGCUCUGGUUUGGGGGCAGGGGUGCUGGGGCCAAGUUACACUGGUUUUAGCAGUUUUGUGGACAAUCCGAACGGGAUCCUACAUCAUUGCAAGUUAAUGUGUGUCGUCCCUCCCCUCUUUUUUUUUUUUGUCCGUGAUUUGUGAUUGUCCCGUGCUGGCGCCCCGCAGUCCCUUUCCUCUUUCUUGUUUUAGUCGCAAACUGUUUUUUUUUUUAAUUUGCUUUAGGAUAGAUGUUUUUGUUGUCCAAGAAAAACUAAUUGAAACUAAGCAGAAGAUACUUUUUUUACUGAUAGAAAAAAAAGACUUAAAAAAGACGAGGCUAACCAUAAGUAAUAAUAAGUAUCCCUAUGAAAGUGAAUUCUGGGUGUUUUUGUGACAUUUCUUUCCCCACCCAGACAGGUUUUCUAUGUUUGUUCCUUCUCUAUGAUAGAUAUUUGUUAUGCACUACUCUUUGUAUCUGAACAGUUUUUUCGACGGUCAGCAGUUCUUUUUGUUAAAAGACAAAAAAAACAAAACAAAAAGCGACGAUAAAGCGUGCUUUCUGACUGACAAGAUCUUUUGCAAUACCUCAAUUUUGAAAUAUAUUAGGAGAGAAACUGAUAUUUUCUAAGUAAGUUUAUUCAGAUGAAAAAAAUAUAUAUUAAUUUAAUUCUUCAAGAGAAAUGAUUUAACAGAUGGUUGAUUUUUUAUUUUUAUCAUGCUUAUUUGCUUUUAUUUUAAGAAUUUAUUUUUUUGAAAAAGACAACAACUGAAGGAGCUAGAGCUUUAUAACUAAUAUAAUGAUGUAGUUAGUGAGAGUACAGUCUACUUUAUUACAGUGGAAGUGAGGGUGAGCGUCCCACUGGUCAAAUUGGUCGAGAAGAGCUCUUUAGGAAAAAAUAUCUAUCAGGUGCUCAGAGAGAAAACUGAACAUAUUUCCCACGUUUUUGUAUAUUUAUAAUCAAUCAUUUACUAUGCUGACCAGAGUUGUGAAAGAGAUCUUCUGUUCAUUAUUUUUUUAAGAGAAGUUUUUUAUGUUUCCUAAAAGUAUGUGCUCCCUUUUGUUUUGUACAAAAAGCAACGUGACCCUGAUUUGUUAGCCUGACGUCGUCGGGGAGGAAAAUAAAAAAGAGACUUGUGAGAGUCGCUGUACGGCGCGAGGUAGAAAGAGACAAGAAUGUUAUUUUUAACACAAAACAGACACACGUGUUUUCACCUGUAACUUGAUCGAAAGCCCCCAAGGUGCAUCAAUUGACUGGUGGCCUUCUAUUCACGCAAGACUUGAAUUAGUCCCAUUUUUUAAGGCUAAGAACCUUGAUUCUUUGUUGUAAUGUGCAAUACUGUUUGUACUGUUUGUAGAAAAGAAGAAAACAAGAAAAAGAGGCAUAAAUCUUUAUUGCAGAAUUAUUUUCAUUGCAAGCAUUGUGAUUCACUAAAAUCAUUUUCUACUGUGUAUUUACCUACUCUACCUGCUAGUACCUUCCAGUAGUAAUGUAGCCUUUGUACUGAGAAAAUUUUCAUUAUUUUUAGAAAGUUUUGCUAAAAAAGAAAAGAAUUUAAACAUAUUUACAUAUUUUCAUUUUUAUUUCGUAUUUUUUCUUUUACAGACUUAUUUCUCAACCAUUAAUAGUUAUUUCUGGGGGAGACUUUCAUAUCUGGUCAAUGUCAUUAAUAUUAUUUUGUAUUUUUACUUGGAAUAAAUUAAUUUUAUGAUGCUAAUUCUUUAAAAGUUUAUUUUUUUCGUUUGUUCACCUUUUUUCAUUUUUUUGAAGCUGAAAAAAACAACUUUGUAAUAUUGUUACUAAAGUGUCUCGAUUCUUGAAAUGCUAAGCUUUAUGUGUUAACUCGCUGAUGUUGCUUACAUUAGUGUGAAAAUGAUCUACAGAGAAAAAAAAAACUAUUCACAAACAGCAGAUUGGUGGUUGGUGAUGUUUAAGUGAUUCGCAAUGUAAACAAAUGAAUGGGCAAUAAAAUAAAAUGGCAGAAUGGAGCAUA